CUGGUCUGGUGGGCCACGCGCGAAAGCAAGGGCGAGACGAGACGCAGGAGGAAGAGAAUUUCUUGAGGGCGGAACCACCACCCACCUUGACCCUCGUCUCCUGGUGGAUCACCACCCCCUCGCUCCUUCAUUCACGUCUUUCCAUCCAAAUUGAAGCAACCCCUUCUCCUCAAUCCUUCCAUGGUAACCCAAAUGCGUCUCUGACCGGUUCUUCGCCCCGGGUCACUUCAGCCGCGUGAGUAUGCCUCAGUGUCGUGUUGGGUCGUCUUCCACCUGAUCUGGAGUGUCCGUCUCACCCUCUUCUCGUGCUAAAUUUGAAGUCUUUCGAAUCGGGUUUCGGCUUACCUGGACUGGGGAGACGUGGGUCGUGCUGUGAGCCUUUGCUUACUCGCGUGUUUGCUGUGGAAUUUGGUGCUAGAUUCUUGAGGCGCCGUCAGGACAGAAAUGGGGAUAUAUCUGAGCACUCCGAAAACUGAAAAGUUCUCAGAAGAUGGCGAGAAUGAUCGAGUUAGAUAUGGCCUAUCAUCUAUGCAAGGUUGGCGUGCGACAAUGGAGGAUGCUCACGCUGCCUAUCCUGAUCUGGAUGCUUCCACCUCAUUCUUUGGUGUUUAUGAUGGCCAUGGAGGGAAAGUGGUAGCAAAGUUCUGUGCCAAUUAUCUUCACCCGCAGGUCCUCAAGAAUGAAGCAUAUGCAGCUGGACAAAUAGGAACAUCCCUUCAGAAAGCUUUUCUCCGAAUGGAUGAAAUGAUGCGAGGUCAAAGGGGUUGGAGAGAAUUAGCUGCUUUGGGAGAUAAAAUCAACAGAUUUACGGGAAUGAUAGAGGGACUUAUAUGGUCUCCAAGGGGUGCAGAUAGCAAUGACAAGAAUGAUGAUUGGGCUUUUGAGGAGGGCCCUCAUUCUGACUUUGCUGGACCUACUGCGGGGAGCACUGCCUGCGUUGCAGUUAUCCAAAAUAACAAACUAGUUGUUGCCAAUGCUGGUGAUUCUCGAUGUGUCCUGUCUAGAAAGGGUCAGGCAUUCAAUCUGUCUAGAGACCACAAACCCGAGUUGGAUGCUGAAAAGGAGAGGAUUCUAAAAGCUGGAGGUUUUAUACAUGCUGGACGAGUAAAUGGAAGCUUAAAUCUUGCAAGAGCUAUAGGUGAUGUGGAAUUUAAGCAAAAUAAAUUUCUGCCAGCUGAAAAGCAAAUUGUAACUGCAAGUCCAGAUAUAACUACUGUUGACCUUUGUGAGGAUGAUGAUUUCAUCGUGCUAGCAUGUGAUGGCGUCUGGGAUUGCAUGUCCAGCCAGCAGGUAGUGGAUUUCGUGCAUGAGCAGUUAAUCUCUGAAACGAAGCUGUCUGCUGUGUGCGAGAGAGUUCUUGAUCGUUGUUUAGCACCAUCUACCGCCACUGGUGAGGGAUGUGACAACAUGACUAUGAUAUUGGUGCAAUUCAAGAAACCAACCCAAAUGAUUACAGUACCGCUUGAAAAGCUAUGUUUGCCUUCUGACUCUGCUAGCGGUGCCCUGAGUCUGGGUGAUAACGAUCUAAAACCUGAGGAAGUUGAAUCGAAAUAGUACUUACGUGUAAAAUUCUGGAUUCCACUGAUCAUAAGGACAUGAUUUCCACGAAAUGUUCAGUUUAAUCUGCCAUUGUAUAUAAUGUGCCAUUGUAUAUGAUCAAUCGAUUGAUGAAUCCAUGGUUGCUUGUUUAAUCUUCCCAGGAGCAUUGGAUUGAGUAUUCCAUGUAAUUUCUGAAUAAGGAUACGGGCUUGGACUGUA